CCAGUUGUAAAUUAAAUCGGAAACAUGGCGGACGCAGAGCAAACGUUACGUGAAUUUUUGGACAAAAUAUUAGAUGAAAAAAAUUACAAGCCGCAAGAAAUUAAUAUUAAAGCAAUAUCGACUGAUGGAGGAAAUUAUACAUCAGUGCUGUUCCUUGUGAACGUCUCGUCUCCGAACCGAGAAGAGCUCAAACUCUUCGCGAAAGUUGCGACCGUGGGAGAAAACUUGCGAGUCCGAAUGAACGCGGAUUGGCUUUACGGAAAUGAGAGGUUUGUUUACACUAAACUGGUUAAAAUUUACAAAGACUUAGAAGACGAAUUGAACAUACCAAAUGAACACAAAUAUUUAAUUCCCAAAUUUUACGGCUGUAAAGAGGAUAAAGGUAAAGAAACAGUCGUGUUAGAGAAUUUAACUGAGAGUGGUUAUAAGACUUUUGAUAGAUUCAAAUCAAUGGAUUGGGAACACGCUUGCGCUGGUGUUGAGAAUUUAGCUAAGUUCCAUGCAUUAUCAUUCGCUUUCGCGAAGUAUCGUCCUGAGGAAUUUGAUGAACUCACACACGAUUUGAAAUUUAAGAUUGGUAAUGAGGAAACUCUCGCAGACGAGGUGACGAAAGAGGUGUGGAUGAAAAUGAUCAAGGGUUCAUUAGAAGUUUUAAAAGAAGAGCAGAGAGAAGCUGUGGGGCGCUUUCUAGUUGAAAGUCAGAAUAAUUUUGUCAAAUAUAAUAAUCCAAUUGGUAAUCCGGUUAUAGUGCACGGAGAUUAUAGAUUGAGUAACCUUCUAUUCAGGAAACAGGAUGACACACUUAAAGCUAUUUCUGUUGAUUACCAAACCGUCUACGCCGGGACUCCGGUUUGUGACCUCAUUUAUUUCAUCAUAUUGGGUUCAGAUGAAGAGUUCAGAAAGCAAUACUAUGAUAAAUUAUUGGAUCACUAUUAUACAAAUCUAGAAGAAGCGUUGAAGAGGUUUGCUGUGGAUCCAUUAGAGGUUUAUCCAAGGACGAAAUUUAACAGUGAUUUAAAAACGAUGAUGCCAUAUGCCGUGCUGAUAGGUGUGACGAUACUCCCAGUGGUGACCGUUGAAGCCGCAUCUGCGCCUAAAGUAGAUGGCGACGCUGAUGUCAGCGAUUUCGUAAUGGCGCCCAAUGAAUUAUUCGCCGAGAGAUUCCGUGGAAUUAUAAAUGAUUGUUUUAAAUGGGGCGUCAUUUAAACGAGAACAUUACAAAUACGGUAUUUAAAUUUGUGUUACAAUUUUUUAAAUUUAAAUCGUGUUAUAAUUACCGAUUAGUUAUGGAAUUAUUUCCAACUUUUGACAACGUACUGGUGGAAUUGCAGCCAAAUACUAGCAAAGUACUUUAAAACUUGGUUUUGCACCCUGAUAUUUUACAUACAUCUCUUGUUAGGUACGUAUAUAAUAUACAUAUGUUAUUUAGGUACUAUUGAAUGUUAUACCUAUGUGGCAUAGUUCAUGAUGCAGACAUAACAUAUAUUUUUAUUAUUAUUAUUUUCAACAUUAUUAUUUGUAGAUUUUGUACUAAAAUAUUUGUUUGUUAUUCUUUGUUUAGACUUAUUAUUUUGUUAUUACUCCGUGCCUGGAAUACCUGUUUUGUCCUAUAGUCCUGUGUGGUAUGUAAAAGAAUAGGGUGUAUACGGGUGUAUGGUGCUUUGGCCUCAGUUUCCAUAUUUAUUGAACUAUCCAUCUCGACUAUGCAAGAGAAAUAAUCGAAGUUCAUCCGCUUAAUUAUUUUAAAUAUUAUGAUAUAAUAAGCAUCGAGCCCAACGAUUUAUCCGUGCUGUGUUUAAACGCAAUGUUGUAAUAUCUGCUGAUGCAAUUUGCAAUAUGUUAAGGCAACUUUUAUAAUAUAAAUUUAUUCUAUUUAUUUAAGCAAUAAAACGAUUGUAUAUAGGUAAGAUGCAGUUGAAAAAGUAAGAUGUGUCAUUGCGCACUAUUACUAAAGAAAAGUGCGGUCGAUAGAUCUAAAUAAGUGAUACUCAACCUUUUUAUAGAGACCAUAAACACGUGUUGCUAAUGUGUCGCGGGCCGCAAACAAAAAAGAUAUAUUUGGAUAAUGAUUUGAUACAAAUUAAAUUGAACAACGAUGAACGGAUUUAACGCGUAUAUUUUAAUAUUUUUUUUAUCAUUUCAUAACGUUUCAAACACUGCAGUGCCCAUGGCCAUAAGCAGUUGUUUAAUUCUAAUUAUUAAGGUGUUAAUGAACAUUUGAAAUUUAAAAUAGUUGAAAGUAAUUUUUUUUAUAGAAUAGGAAGGUGGACGAGCAUAUGGGCCACCUGAUGGUAAGUGGUCACCAACGCCCAUAGACAUUGGCAUUGUAAGAAAUGUUGACCAUCGCUUACAUUACUAAUGCGCAACCAAUCUUGGGAACUAAGAUGUUAUGUCCCUUGUGCCUGUAAUAACAUCAAUUGGGCCAACCACAAAACCCGGCGGGCAGGUUGAGUACCACUAAUCUAGAUCCACGAUUCAGUAAUUUGUACCUAUAUAAGAAUGAAUCACAUUUAACUUUAUCCGUUUGUAUGUAUGAGUCAAAUCUUACAAGCGAACGCUAAAUCAGUUUUCGGUUACAAUACAAUCCACUAUAUUAAAUUUUAUUCGUAUUUAAAUAGAAGCUAUUUUUUGCCUUAUAUAUUUUCAGUCUUUAUAAAAGUAAAGAUUAAUUUUGUAAUCAAGCGCUAUUUAAUAUCUUUUAUAAAAUAAUUCUCUUACAUCCUGUAAACAUGUAUUAUAUUAUUUUGUUAUUUAACGACUCAAAUAGACCGAUGAAAUAAUAAAUAACAACGAGAUAACAUCUGAAUUUUUUAACGUAUGUGUUUUGACUUAAUUAAAUUUAUAAGAUAGCCUAUAGAAUAUAAGUAUGCGCUAAUACAAGAUUUACUAUUUUACUCACUAUUAAAAUUUACCGAAACAGUUUCGUUUUAUUUUCAUUAUAUGUUUGAUGCAACAUUUAAAGAAAGAAAAUAAUAAUAAAGGACAUCAAUGUCUGUACCCUACUAACUAAAUUAUUUUUUAAUAAAUUAGGCAGUUUGAAAGCAGUCCUUGCUAGAGUCGAUAGGGAAGAUGGUUAUUUUUUAAAGUAUAAAUAAAUAUAAGGUAGUAGACUUCUAUUUAUAAAUAGAAGUCACUUGAUAUAUUAGCCAUUUUUGGAAAAUUAUUUCCUAGCGCAUUAAAACGUGGGAUAAAAUAAUUGUAUGUAUUUUUAUCAUGUACCAUUUAUUAGAAAUAAAAUAUAUAUAAAAAGGA